GCACAGGCGCACUGUUCACUGUCAAACACGGCUGUAAACAGAGGAGACUUCAUGCUGGAGUCAUCUCCGAGACAACAUCUAUUUAUCUCCACGGAAACAUCAGAGUAUAGAGGCUUCAGGAGGUUUUACGCACAGCGCCAGCGCGUCUGGUGACUUGUGAUUACUUUGACGGAACAGUUGUGUGAGAAUCUCGGCUAUUUUUCUGAAGGACUUGUUGACUUCAUGAUGUGGGGGAUCCCGAGGACGCGCUAUGCGGACUGUAACGGCUCUGAGGAGAGUGAGGAAACGGAGAUUGUCGUGAACAUCGGUGGGGUGAAACAGGUGCUGUACGGCGACGUGUUGAAUCGCUACCCGGACACCCGGCUGGCUGAGCUGGUGGAUUGUUCAAACAAGUCUAAUGAAGAAAUAUCGUCUUUUUGUGAUGACUACGACCCUGACACAGGAGAGUUUUAUUUUGACAGAGACCCUGAAGCCUUUAAGUGUAUUAUUGAACUGUAUUAUUAUGGAGAGAUUCACAUGAAGAGAGGCAUCUGUCCUAUUUGUUUCAUGAAGGAGAUGGAGUUCUGGAAAAUCGGUUCAGAUUUUUUGGAUGAAUGCUGCAAAUGCCAGCUGCAAGAGGUAGAAGAUGAACUUGCGGAGAUUGCGGAGAAAGUGAGAACUAUCCUGGUGGACAGAGAGGGAGAUCCGUCAGCAGGAGGCUGGCAGCGCUUCCAGAUGUGCCUGUGGAGGAUGAUGGAGAAGCCGGACUCCUCUCUCCCUGCACACAUCAUCGCUAUAGUCUCCUUUAUCUUCAUCCUCGUCUCCUCCGUGGUGAUGUGCGUGGGGACCAUCCCCGACCUGCAGGUGGAGGACUCAGAGGGUCACCUCACUGAGCACCCAACUCUGGAGGUCAUCGAGACGGUGUGCAUCGGCUGGUUCACCAUCGAAUACCUCCUGCGACUUAUCUCCUCUCCGAAUAAAAUAAAAUUCGUCCUUGCUUUCAUGAACAUCAUCGACUUCAUGGCCAUAAUGCCCUUCUUCGUGGUGCUAAUUUUGAUCUCCUUCGGCGCAGGAGUGAUGGAGCUGGCUAACGUUCAGCAGGCAGUGCAGGCUUUACGCAUAAUGCGCAUUGCGCGCAUUUUCAAGCUGGCACGACACUCCUCCGGACUCCAGACCCUCACAUCUGCGCUGAAGAGUAGCUUCAAAGAACUCGGGCUGCUCCUCAUGUACAUGGGCGUUGGGGUGUUUCUUUUCUCCGCCCUGGGCUAUACAAUGGAGCAGAACCAUCCGGAAACUUUGUUUACCAGUAUCCCUCAGUCGUUCUGGUGGGCUGUGAUCACCAUGACCACCGUGGGCUAUGGAGACGUGUACCCCAAGACCACUUUAGGGCGCUGCAACGCGGCCAUCAGCUUUCUGUGCGGGGUGAUCGCUAUCGCUCUACCUAUUCACCCCAUCAUCAACAAUUUCGUGCUGUUUUAUAACAAGCAACAGGUGCUGGAGACCGCAGCCAAACAUGAGAUCGAGCUGAUGGCUCUGCGCUCCGGCGCAGCCGAGCUGGAAGAUGCACCCAGAGUGCAUAAACAUGUUUGCGGCGCCGGGGUUUGGGACAACACCAUGCGCUCCUGUCACAGCGACACAUACAUCCCCUUACUGAAGGAUCCCAGGGGAGGGGCGGGAGUCCAGACCCCCAGCCUGGACACGAGCUUUGAGAGCACAGCCUAGGCCACAGAAUAAUGAAUCUGAGGGACAAACAAGACCCUUAAAAAGAGAAAUAACAAAACAUCCAAAUUCGGGUUAACGACACCAUGAUGGGGAUAUGCCUGUAAAUAGCCGAAAUAGAGGAACAACAGGACAGCAGUAAUGCUUACUGGGACCUUAAAAGCGUGUGAAGUAUGGCGCCCAUUAACGGGACAUAUGUGUGAGAUAUUGACUUGAUGAGCUGUGCUUUUGCGCAGGGACUCCCCACAGACAGAGGGGCUCUGUUUGAAAAGCCAAUACACUGAUUGUCUGUCCCCCCCCCCCCCCCCCCCAUAUAGGCUUCUUAUGUAACACCCCCCAUCCCCAAUCCUCACACUCACUGUAGACUGCACUGUAGCUUAAUUCCUCCGUACAGAUCUAUGUAUCACAAUGAAUGUUUGUUUUUUUAAAUAAAGAAUGGCAGCUGC